AUGCGGCCAUGGACUGGUUCCUGGCGUUGGAUUAUGCUCAUCCUCUUUGCUUGGGGAACUUUACUCUUUUAUAUUGGUGGACACCUGGUACGAGACAGUGAGCACCCAGAUCACUCUAGUCGUGAAUUAUCCAAGAUACUUGCUAAACUUGAACGUUUAAAGCAGCAAAAUGAAGACUUAAGGCGAAUGGCAGAAUCUCUCAGGAUACCAGAUGGUCCCAUUGAUCAAGGACCAGCUGCAGGAAAGGUACAUGCUUUAGAGGAGCAACUUUUAAAGGCCAAAGAACAGAUAGAAAACUAUAAGAAGCGGACAGGAGAUGGAGGCCUUGGAAAAGACCAUGAAAUAUUGAGGAGGAGGAUUGAAAAUGGGGCUAAGGAACUUUGGUUUUUCCUCCAGAGUGAACUGAAGAAGUUGAAAAAUCUAGAAGGAAGUGAACUGCAAAGACGCGUUGAUGAAUUUCUGUCUGAUUUGGGUCAUCAGGAAAGGUCGAUAAUGACCGACUUGUACUACCUCAGUCAAACAGAUGGAGCAGGAGAUUGGCGAGAGAAAGAGGCCAAAGAUCUAACAGAUUUGGUACAGAGGAGAAUAACUUAUCUACAGAAUCCGAAGGAUUGCAGCAAAGCUAAGAAACUUGUGUGUAAUAUCAACAAAGGCUGUGGCUAUGGCUGUCAACUUCAUCAUGUAGUCUACUGCUUCAUGAUCGCUUAUGGCACUCAGCGAACACUCAUUUUAGAGUCUCAGAAUUGGCGCUAUGCUACUGGUGGCUGGGAGACUGUAUUUAGGCCUGUAAGCGAGACAUGUACUGACAGAUCAGGUACCACUACUGGACACUGGUCAGGUGAGGCUAAUGAUAAGGAUGUUCAGGUGGUGGAACUUCCCAUUGUGGACAGCUUACAUCCACGGCCACCUUAUUUACCUUUGGCUAUCCCCGAAGACCUGGCAGAUAGGCUAAUUCGUGUACAUGGGGAUCCUGCAGUGUGGUGGGUGUCGCAGUUUGUGAAAUACUUGAUUCGUCCACAGCCUUGGUUAGAAAAAGAAAUAGAAGAAGCGACGAGGAAACUUGGUUUCAAACAUCCAGUGAUCGGUGUUCACGUCCGAAGGACAGACAAAGUAGGAACAGAGGCAGCAUUUCAUCCCAUUGAAGAAUACAUGGUACAUGUUGAAGAGCGCUUUGAACUUCUUGCUCGCAGAAUGCAUGUUGAUAAAAAAAGAGUGUAUUUGGCUACAGAUGACCCUUCAUUGUUGCAAGAGGCAAAAUCCAAGUAUCCAAAUUAUGAAUUUAUCAGUGAUAACUCCAUAUCCUGGUCAGCAGGACUUCAUAACCGAUACACUGAAAACUCCCUAAGAGGUGUUAUUCUGGAUAUUCACUUUUUGUCUCAGGCAGACUUCCUGGUCUGUACAUUUUCAUCCCAGGUUUGUCGAGUUGCCUAUGAAAUUAUGCAGACAUUGCAUCCAGAUGCUUCAGCGUAUUUCCAUUCUUUGGAUGAUAUCUACUACUUUGGGGGACAGAAUGCCCACAACCAGAUUGCUAUUUAUGCUCAUCAUCCACGAACUGCUGAUGAAAUUCCUAUGGAACCUGGAGAUAUAAUUGGAGUAGCUGGAAACCACUGGGAUGGUUAUUCAAAAGGCAUCAAUAGGAAAUUAGGAAGAACAGGCCUGUACCCAUCCUAUAAAGUUAAGGAGAAAAUUGAGACAGUCAAGUAUCCUACAUACCCAGAGGCUGACAAGUAGAUUAAAAGGAAGACAUUUGGCAGUAAUUCUCAAUUUUGAUUGGUUCGAACCAGUCAGCGCACUAACUAAUGGUUUAUAUGGGAUUUGAAUUUGCAUUUUAACAUGCAGUUAAAAUCAAAGCCUUUAGCAAUGAAACUGGAUAAGAAGCUGAGAACAAAUGGAUGGGCUAUUAUCUGAACUUACUCUUAAAAAUUUUUUGUUAUAUGCACUCUCACACAUUCACACACAAAACUACAUGCAACAGGAAAACUGUUGUUUUAUACUUUUUGUCUCUUUUCAGGAUUUGUCCCAGUCAUUAGUCUUACGUGAGCUUUGGGCUCUUUUCUCUGCCAUUAAAUGACAAUAAUGUUCAGACUUAUAACACUGCCACAUUGUGUAAUUUGAGUGACAUGAACAUAUUUUGUAUGUGCAAAAUUUAAAACAUGGUGCCUAUAUUUGAAAAAUUUGUGACCUUUUUAGAAGAGCCAUGCCUAUAUUACAAUGGGCAAGAGUCAAUCUUCAACUGGUGUUACCGUGACCACUGAACUUGCUUCAAACAACAGAUUCAGAUUUCAGACUAGAUUUCUUUACAAGUUUAUUUUUAGCAUUCCAUUGAUUACUUCUCAUCAUUAAUAAAAUAAAGGAUGCAUCCAACAA